UUGUAGUACGUCAAGAAAACAAAAAAAUAUUACCAAAAACAUUACUCACGGAGUGAACGAAAUUUUAUUUUUAGUUUGUACUGUCAGCGACGAAAAAACGAAAAAUCGCCGUAAAAUUCUCUGCCAUCGUGUUGCCGUCACAACAUGGAUCUCGAGAAUCGCCUAAAAGACCUGGGAAAACUGUCGGUGGACGAGGAAAAAGUGAAAGUGUCUAAAAUGUCUGAAAAAAGUGAUGCAAUCGCCGUUGCCGAGUCAAUGGUACGUAGCGAAAACGAAGAUAGUUGCCGUAACAGCGAUGAUGACGAAAGUGAAAGUUUCGAUAAUUCUGAGUGGGUCUACAUGCCGGAAAAUGUUUUGGUGAAAAUUAUGAUGUACCUGGAAGUGAAGGAGGUGAUCGAUAUGGGUUGUUGCUGCAAACGGUGGUUUCGCAUAUCGCGCGACGACUGGAUUUGGCGCAAAUUAUUCCAAAAGGACUUUGGAUUGCCGCUGAAUAAAAAAGUUGGAUUGAAGCCAGGUGCUGAAACUUGGUAUUCUGAAUACAGACGACUCACGUACAAUGUUCCGAUGGUGCUCACCGACGUACUUACGGCGCAUAGUCAUCAAGUGUUGCAUGUCAGUUUCAGUCAUAGCGGAAAACUUUUCUGUACAUGCAGCAAGGACGGCUUCGUUAUUGUUUGGAAUUCCAGUUAUCCUUCAACGAAAAAAUAUUCGUAUGACAUGAAGACACUCAGUUGGAAAUACACCCAAUUCUCGCAAUUUAACAGCACGGACACUUUAUUGCUCGUUUCGGGCGUUCAUUUUGGCGUACAGAACAGCACAUCGGGCGAAAUUGCGGUUUUUAGUCUGGAUGACGACAUGAGACUCAAAUGUCGCAUCGUUAAUCGUCCCUACGAUAUCUUCGGCACGUGGUAUACGGACCAAUAUUUGUUAUCGGGCGACUUGCAUUGGUUGCAACACCUGAUCAGCUCGUCCGUGAUUUGGAUUAACAAAGCUAGUCAAGAGAUAACGUCGGAAAACGUGCCGAUUAUGAACAAAUUGUUCAGAUUCUACAACAGAAAUGCGAGUUCCGUGCGAUCUAUCAUGGUAGCGGAGUGUCCGUGGCUCCGAAGUCCCGAAGCGAAAGCAGCUUAUAUGCAAGAAGAACGCCCGCCACGAGAAAAACGGAACCCUUAUGACUUGUCGUAUCUCGAAAGUGCCGCUGAAGCAUUAGGCGACGAGUAUUGCGCGGGAAAUCCGAUCUCACAAGCAGUUUUGGAGCAAGUGCCGGGUCCCAAUGUGCUUCUUGAUGUCGAAGUUGACGUUCAUGUGGGCGCCGAACAGCAUUGGGGAGACUUUCCGUAUGCCAGUACCUUCCAAUAUUCCGAUGAAUUUCGCAGAAAUGUUCAUUUAAGAAGUUUAAAAACCGAUGACACAUCAGAUGAUGUCACUAUAGAGUCAUUUGAUGAAAUCCAAGUAGCGAAUGACGUUGCCGAGCCUUCGUCAAACACGUUGAAUCUUCCAUCGACAAGUGGUACUAGUCACUCGCCUGUCACAAAAACGCCUGUUUCCGUCCCUUCCACCCCCUCAAGUGUGCCUUCCCCGGUAAAUCCGACGUCGUCGCCAUCGCCCGAAGCCUCGCCAAGUCCGAGCGCCGCCAAGACUGAAAACGACGUCGAUGUCGACGAUUUGGAAAAUGCUCCACCAAAGUACCUGAUUUUCUCCACAGGCUCGAAGGCGUACGUGCCGCACCAAAUUGCCUUCAAACUCGUGGAAAAAGUGUCCUUUCCCAAGCAACUCGAUCCGGGCCCGAGUCUCAAGGAACGUAUCGCUCUGCGGAAUAUGCGACGCGAAUCGGAAAGUGAAUACGAGGAACCAGAUUGGUCGAAUUUUGAUGCUGUGUCCGGUCGUUUCGAUAAAAUCGAUAAAAUUAUUGAUCUCCAUGGACAAAUUAUCGGCAUGGCACUCAGUCCGGAUCAUCGGUAUUUGUAUGUGAAUUGUAGACCGUGGCCGCAAAAUUAUGUCAUCAGGAAUCCGUUGGAGCCGCCACCGAUUGCGCAGGAAAUUGACAUUCAUGUGAUUGAUUUGGUGACUUUUAAGAAGGUUGGCAAGAUGCUGAGAGCUCAUCGGGCCUACACACCAAACACGGAUUGUUUCUUCAUCUUUUUGGAUGUUUGUGAUGAUUAUGUGGCGAGUGGCGCUGAAGACAUGCAUGCUUACGUCUGGGAGAGAUAUUACGGAGUCUGGCUUGCCAAGUACAAUCACAGCGAUGUCGUGAACAGUGUCGCCUUCAAUCCACGUGAUAAUGAGAUGCUGGUGACCACAAGUGACGACUAUGAAAUCAAAAUUUGGCGAUCUCUGGAAAAGACAAAGGAAAUGAAUAUCCCCGCUCUCGGUCGUGCUACGCGAUUUAAACCACGUGUUAGAUAGUACGACCUGGAAUUUUUCGCUGAUGCUUUAAAUAGAAUGUGAAAAUAGAAUUUUUCCAUAGAAGUCGAUGAUGACAGAUGCCUUUCUUAACCAAAAUGCGGGAUUCAGCAAACCACAGCUUUAGUCUUAAUGAAGUUAAUCAAAAAAUUCAAGUGAAUCGAAUAAUGUAAAUAAUAAUUAUUGAAGACUUUUUUUAUUAUUAUUGAUUAAAUAGAUAGUAAAAUAUAAAUAAAUAAAAAUCACAGUUUUUUUGAACUAAAAUUUUCAAUCAUUUUC